AUGACCUCCAUCUCGUCCGCACCGUUCUCCUUUGCUUCUCUACCCAACGACCGCUAUCCUCGCGUCCUCGAAGCCCACAUCGUCAUUCACAUACUCAUGCUCAGCACCGCGGUUCUGCUCCUCAUGCAACUCAUCUCGCACACGGCAGCUGCUGAAGCAGUCGAAGACUAUGGCGUACUGGAUGGAUGGAAGAAGCAACUCAUGCAGCAAUUCUUCGAAGGGCCGGAAGUGUUCAGCUGGGUCUUUGUAUAUUUGUUUGUACCGCUGGAUGCGUUGCAUGCAUCCUUUUGUAUCGGGUGGUAUGCUGAUCAGCUCCAUCCGGUACGGAGGGAGAGAGAUGUGGGCAGGAGGCGAAGAGCUACAAAAGCAUGGUUGAAAGGGUUACGGCAGCGUCUUCUCACGUGGUGGCGCAAACACCUUGCACUUCGCCAAAGAAGAGGUAGAGAAGAAGAGGAUACGCAAACGCCUGUAGACGACAUCGAACGCCAACCAUCCAGUCAAAACUCUACACGCCGCACAUCAUCCCACUGGAUCAGCGACCCGGACAAUCCGCCAUCGUCAUCUCCACGAUCCCCGAGUCAGCACACAUAUCACCCCUUCCUCCACCCAGCCUACAAGCCUCUAGCUCACAACCUCCUCCUCGCCCUCUGGGACAUCAUCCUGCUCUUCGCUCUCGCAUGCCACAUGUACGUCUACGUCUCCAACAUCAAGCCUGGCCUCGCUCUCUGCGGCAAAUACCACUACCCUAAGUGGCAUUUCAAUCCCAUUCUCGAGAUACUCCCGUUGCAGCAGCGCUGCCUUCGCGUCAAUUGGGGUAUACACAGCGCGGGUGCGAUAUCAGCGACUGGCGCGACGUUGCUAGCGCUGUGGCAUGUUUGCGCACUGGCGUGCAGGUUUUGGGGCGGUGUGGGCGAGGAAUUGAUUCGGAGGAUGAAGGGUGGGAGGACAGGGAAGUGGAAGAACGAACUAAGGGGAAAGGGGGCGUGGGAUGCUGGCGAAGACAUUGGUAUGGCGGAUUGGCAGUAUCCGCCGCGGGAUGUGGAUAUUAGGUCCAGGAGUUCGAUAAGGAGGAGUGUCAGGUCCGGGACACAGACCGAUACACAUACUGGCGAGGAAGGUGGCGAGAGGAGGGAAGGCACGCUUGGUCGUGAGGAGAUGGGGGUUGGUAUAACGCAAAGAAGAAAAACGAGGAAAGAGAAGAGUGAUGAGAGUAGUGGUGGGGGUAAGGAGAGUACAGGAAGUAUGUGGAGCUGGCAGACUGAGGGGUUCUUCGAGUGCCUGGCUUGAGCGGCAGUGCUGGAUCAUGGUAGGUGCCCAGGCUGGGCUUGUAUACGGG